AAUCACUUAGAAAAACAAUUGUCUGUCAACAAAUCUAACAGCAUCUUUCGAAAGGGAAACUAUAGGCAAUUUUCUCACUACAAGAACUAUUUCAUUAAUCUCCUCUAAAGUGAGAUUAUAAAUAAUUCUCUCACUUUAAGAACUAUUUUAUUUUGUAUUCCAUUUUCCCACAUUCUGUAAUCUUUUUAGUGUUCAGCAAAUGUUUUGGUUUUCAUGUAAUUGCUAUUGUACAUCACAGAAAUCAAUUUAUGAAUUAUUAUAAUCAGCCCUCCACAUUCAGUACAAUCAACCCUCCACAUUCACUGGGGUUUGAGGCACAGGACCUCAGCACAAGUAGAAAACCUCUACAGAAAAUCCUGCUUGUUUGUUUUUUACUUGCGAUAACCCAUCUCUAGGAAUCUCCAGGUCCUCCAGUGUGACGUUGACCACAGAGUUUAUACUGAAGGACCUUAGACAUUCUUAUUAGAGAAUAAGAAAUCCCUAGGAAUCUCUAGGUUCUCCAACACAACAUUAUGGCAAAUAUUGACCACAUAGUCACACUACCUAGAUAUUCCUAGAGAGAUCAUACUAAUCAAAACCAAAAAAAAAAUCCCAAUUCCACAAAAUUAAACCUGCAAAUGUGGAAGGCCAACUAUAUAGUCUUUACUUUCUUUAUGUAACAAGCUCUCUGAUUUCUUUAGCUUAAGUCUACUUCAAGUUUUCAGACUAGUUUGACGCAUCUGAGAAAGAAGAGGACUGCUUAUGGAUAUUCAAGGAAAAUAGACUAAUUGGCCUCUCAAGUUUCCACACAGCAGUCACUUCUUGUACGCGCGAUAAAAGCAGCAAUUACAACAAAUUAGCAAAACUGCUUUCCAGGUAGUCAAAAGGAAGAACAUAAUAGCUCUCCUGACUCAUUCAAAGUAGUCCUCUUCCUUUUAACUCACUCUCCUUCCCUUUAACGCCCACAAUAAAAUAGUCUGGAAACUGCAAAACCACACACAAGUGGGAACAAUGCAUUACAAAACAUAUGUCCCUCCACAAAAAAUAAAAUAAAUAAAAUAAAAUAAAAACAUAACAUGUGGCAGCCACAAAAACUUUCAAACCAGGAAUGGAAAAUGUUUCAAAUUUUGUUACAUAGUGUAAUUUCUUAGCCAGCAAGGCCAAACUGACUGGGGGAUGCCUGGCUCAAUAGCAGUACUUGUGAAAGAGAUCUUGGAGUCCUUGUGGACAACAGGUUAAACAUGAGCCAGCAAUGCCAUGCAGUGGCUAAAAAGGCAAUGCGAUUUUGACCUGCAUAAAUAGGAGUACAGUAUAGUAUUGAGAUCCAGGGAAGUCAUGCUACCCCUCUAUUCUGCCUGGGUCAGACCACACCUGGAAUCACACAAUGUCCAUUUCUGGGCACCGCAAUUGACAAGCUGGAAUGUGUCCAGAGGAGGGUGACUAAAAUGAUCAAAGGUCUGGAGAAUAAGCCGUAUGAAGAGCGGCUUAAAGAGCUGGGCAUGCUUAGCCUGCAGAAGAGAAGGUUGAGAGGAGACAUGAUAGCCAUGUAUAAAAAUGUGAGGGGAAGUCAUAGGGAGGAGGGUACAAGUUUGUUUUCUGCUGCCCUGGAGACUAGGACUUGGAAAAAUGGCUUCAAAUUACAGGAAAGGAGAUUCCACCUGAACAUUAGGAAGACCUUCUUCACUGUGAGAGCUGUUCAGCAGUGGAACUCUCUGCCUCAGGGUGUGGUUGAGGCUGCUUCUUUGGAGGCUUUUAAGCAGAGGCUGGAUGGCCAUCUGUUGGGGGUGCUUUGAAUGCAAUUUCGUGCUUUUUGGCAGGGGGUUGGAUUGGAUGGCCCAUGAGGUCUCUUCCAACUCUAUAAUUCUAUAACUGAAAGGAUUCUGCCAUCAGUAGUCAAAACAAUCCCUCUUUCCUGAGGAGUAAUGUUAUUUUAAUCAUAUCAGGAGACAAGGUCAGUAAGACAAGUUGUUGGAGGUGUGUGAGCAACGCUGGACUGCCACAUUUAGCUGUACCCUCUUGUGCUGUUCUUUCAAACAUAUAAUUUUGCCCAAGUUAUUAACUGCACAACUGGAAGUCCCUAUUGUAAAAUUACUAUCAAACACUUUAAAGCUAUACCACAAGUAUUUAUAACUUGCAUGUUGUUUAUUUGUCUAGAUGGAACAUUAGAUAGUACACUUCCACCACAAUAACUUUUUUAGAGUAAAAUGGACCCCCACCCCUGCAGUUAUCUUGUGGGCAAGUGCUAAAAACAGCUGGAGUUGAUUGGUUCAUGUCAUUGUCAUAAACUUUAAACUUCAGCCAGGUGUGCAAAACCCUGUAAGGAGUUCUUGGAGAUACUUUGUCUUUGGGGAGACACAAGAAAUCCCUGAAGAUGAGAGCUGCACUCCUGUACUUGUCUCUCUGUUGGUUGGUCUGGGCUGAAUCAGAGCUUCAACCUCAUCAUAGGAAGGCUAAGCAUAAGUGUGCGGGAGAACACCAGAUUAUGGUCAAAGGACGGCAUGCCAAUCAUGGGUUCUACAUAUUUAACUAUGUAUAUUCGUCUUCAGUCCCAAACAAUCAAACACAGAUUGAGAAAGAAGAGAACAAAGAGAACGUUUCCAGUGCCCCUGAUGGUUUUGACCAAAAACCCAGGAAGCCUAUUGAUAAGUUCACUGAUCAUACACAAGAGACAAGACAGGGGCGGAAGGUAGAAAAAGGAAAAGAAGUUAAGCCUGAGAGUAGAAGAACUUCUGAAAGCCGUCAGAGUUUGAAUGAACAUCGUGAAAACCCUAGAAAUGUGGAUCUCCGCCAUUAUCACCUAAAGGUCGAUGUAGACAAAGGAAGAAAUGAAAUUGCCACGGAUGAUACCACCACUGACAUAGAUGGAAGUGGGGAUGCAGGCUUUCCAGGACAAGAGGGCCCCCGUCGUGGCCUCAUUGUUGACAAGAGGCCUCAUGAACAAGAAAAAGACCAACAGAUCACAAGGGGAACCAUCACUGAUAGAUCUGGGAAGAAAGAUAAAGAUGGCAAAUCUGGAAUAUCCAGUAGUACCAAGUCUUCCAAAUAUGACUACAUCAAAAUUGGGGUGAAAGAAAAUGAUUCUUCCCUUUCCAGUGUAAUCCAAGAAACCAACUCUGACCGUUUUAUUCCUAAGAAAAUGAAAGACUUACAAAGCAAAGAUUAUUCAAAGGUUCCUUUGAAAGGCAAUGCCAUUCCCACCAAUAAGGAAUCAGGUAGAAAAGAAUGGAGUGGUCACAUAGAUUUGCAAGGCAGAGAGGGUAGUGUAAGUGCUACAUUAAAUAGUCAUCUCAAUGGACAAAGCAACCAUUCUAGGGAUAUUCCAGGGAACGCAGGACACGGAAGCAAAAGCAAUUACACCAGCAUUUCAGGCUCUGGUAAAAUUAAAAUAGCUAAUAAAAAGGGCACUCACAAUGCUACAGAACAUGGGAAACAUGAUUAUGAAGCUACUAUGAUAAUUAGGAAACAGAAUGUGGAGAAGGAGCAAUCUGGAGUUUCUAAAUCACACAAAGACGUGGAAGUGAGAGGUGAUAUAUUUAGUAGCCAUGUGAAAAUAAAUGAUAAAGUCAAAUUAUACAAAAAAGAUGAAACAAGAGGUGAAAUUCUUAAGGGGGAGUCUAAGACCCAUAAAGAAGCAUCUGGCAUUUCCAAAACACCUAAAAAAGGUGACAGUAAUGUUGGUGUCACAAAGAAAUUUAUCAGCGACCUAGAGGAUCCUGUUUUCACUAAACCAGAUAAAACCAAUUACAGUGGGAUCAUCUUGGAUGGAUUUGGAAUUGCCCAGUCACACUCCAAAGAUGACAUGGCUUUGCGUGGAAGGAUUUCUGGCAACCAAAUAUCAGGUUCUGAUGUAAAACAAGAGGGCAGAAAAGCGGUUGGUAGAGUUGGUACCACUCACCAAAAGUCAAGUGCUGGUAAAGAAGCUAUUGGUUUGGCCAAACCUCAUCGAAAAGAAGUUGAUAGGAAGGGUCAUAAAAGCUCACUGCGUGAUCGAGAGACCCAUGAAAAAGGCAAAACUGGAUCUGAUGUUAAAGCGGUAAAAGUCCACGAGGACAUCAUAAAAGUGAAUACAAGUUACAAUAAAGUUCCUGAAGAUGAUGCAAAUUUGAGGCAGAGGAAUACUAUAUACUAUUCUUCUGACAGAAAGGCAGAACGCAGGAGUCCAAAGUCUAUCCGGGUCAAAAGUACCCCAUCUUUCCCUCAUAGAUCUCAUAACAACGUUCAACAUCCUUUGACUAGUCCAAAGGAUGACAGACCUAAAAUCCAGGAACAUUCUUCAACCUCUGUGAAAAGGAUUAAAACAGUUACAAAGCCAGACAAAAAGUCAGCUAAGACUGGUUCCAGAACAUAUGGAAGUAAGAUAGCUAAGCAAUACCAUGGGCAUUCAAGUACCUUGCGAAGAAAGAGCAGCCAACAUGACAGAAUGCACUCAUCACUUAAGAGAAGCCACAAAAGUGAUAGCAGUCAGUCCUCUGAGAGUUGGGAAAACAGUUGGCAGGACAGUCGCCGGUCAUACGAAGACUACCAGAAUGACAAAGUUGACAGUUACCAGUCAGCAGAGAGCCUUGAAGAAGACCUUUCUCUUGAGAGCAAUGAAAGUGAUGACCGGAGCCAAAUGGAAGAUCGGAAGUCUAAUUCUCAAGAGGAUUCUCAUGAACACAAAAGCAGUGCUUAAAUGCAUAGGUACAGGUUGGAAAAUAGUAUCUUCUUACACUUAGGACAUACACCCAGAAAUAAUUAAGGAGUAACAUGGUUGGUGUGAUGUCAGACUUACAGUGCAUUCUUAUGUAUGUCUACAUAAAUGAGUUUUUGAGUUCAGUGAGGCUAACAGGUUAUUAUUUCUGGAAUCAUAGCAUUAAAGCUGAGCUGUAGGUGAUCACAGAUAUUUGCAGCUUUGCAUCCUUUAUGUAAGGACAAGGAAGAACUGUAAGAUGUUCCAAAUGAUGCCUUCUUCAUUGUAUUUCUAGCCAUAGGAGCAAAUAGAUCUCCCCUAUUCUCUGAUGGCCACUAAAUGGCCAUGGAAAAGAGGCCUCCACAGGAGACAAGUACAGUCAGUUGGUCUGGAUUCAAUCAUCCAGAGCUUGAAAAUAUUCAAAAAGCAAACUUUGGUUCCCUGUUUUUAUAAGGGACACAGUUUUUAUGCCAUUGUAUAUAAUGGUACUUGAUAAUCCAUGGACUUUGGAAUACAGGCAUCCUAGAAUCAAACUCAAGGAUAUCAAGGCCUCGAAGUCUAUGUUACUCAAGGGAUGUAGUAAGAUUUCUCUACAACAAGAAAAAACAACAUGGUUUAUGCCUAUCUGUGUCAUUAGCAGGAAAAUAGCCAUAAUUCCCUCUGGCUGUUCCUGCUUUUUAGCUUCUGUGUUCUUCCUCAUUGAUAAUUUUUGCCAUCUUGACCACAGUAUGAUGUUGUUUGGCCUCAUGUGCCCCAGAUUUUAUUUGUAAAAUGUUGAGAGGUAUGAUGACUUGCCAAGUUCCCACUGAAUGUGUGAGCUAUACUUAAGGCUAAUAAAAUAUAUAGUACUGCCUUCCUACCUACAAACCAAAAUAAGUAAACUGAGAUGGUUAUACUUUGGAUACAACAUGAGAAGGCUUAACUUACUAUAAAAGACAAUAAUGUUUGCAAGACCUGAGCUGGAUGACAGGAUGAUUUGGAAGUCUCUUAAUUAUAGGCUUGGCAUAAGUCAAAGUCAAUGUGGUGCGAGUAAACAACAACAAAAUUCCAUCCUAUCGUUGCCUGGGAUGUACAGAUACCAAGAAUAAUUCUGAAAAAAUAUUAAAGAACCCAAGGAUAUUAUGGUCUCUUAUCCAAUUGGCAACCUCAACUAGAAUAGACCCAUUAAAAUUAUGGUAUCUAGAGUAACUGCUGACUGAGUGAAUAACAAUUCAGUUUAAGGUACUUUUCUUUCACGGUAACUUCCAAAGACUAAUGCUGAGGUUGCAAUGCUAAGUUGUUUAGCUAAAGGGCUGAAAAGAAGUUUUAUUGUUUAAGUUUUCUUUGGGUACUCACAUUUUGAAACAAUACGGACAAUAUAUCUAUAAAAUAUAGUAUGUACUGUAGUAACUGAUGCUGUAUUGAUGUUGUAUACAAAUAAAGUUCAGCUUUAUAAUCCA